UCUCUCUCUCUCUCUCCCCUCUCUGCUCCUUGUUCUUCUUCUUCUUCACUGAAUAAACCAAGAAAAAAAAUCCUCUCUCUCUCUUCCCACUCUCGGCUGCCAUUUUCUCCUCUCUCGUCAUUAGCUCCGCUGCUCCCUCUGCUAAGCUCCAAAACCCUCCCUGCAACUCUCUCUCUCACUCUCUGCCUGAAGACGCAGCUCUUCACACCCGCCUUUCUUCCCCUUUGGCCGCCUCCUCACAGUCGGUGAGCCCUCCAUCGGUCCAUUCCCUCAACAGCCGCGGCGCUUCUGAUCUGCCCACAGAUCGUCCGCUCCCGCAGGUCUCCCCGGAGCUCCGCCUCAUCUCUCCCUUCGUUUUGGUUUGCCCACUUCUUGUGAGGUAGGGUUUUUGCUACUGUCGGGCUGUGACGGCGAUGGCGGCGGCUGCGCUUUUCUGAGAAACCCGGGCGCGGAUGCUACUUCUUGACUGUUUGUCAGACCGGCUUCCUUGCUUUCAUACAUCGGUCGCUUUGGGAUGUUUAGCACCAUUUGCUAUGUGAUUAGGGUUUGAUUUGACUUUCCCUGCGCCUUAGCUGUAACUUCGUGGGGGGAGCCUCUGCUGUGCUAGGGCAAUUAUUAGUUGUCUGUUGAUGGAAUUUUCACCGGCCGUUGGAAUAAGAGCUCGUUCCUGGUCUUCAGCUGCUGAUUCUAGGCAGUUUUGCUGUUUGCCCUUGUUAAAAACUCCACCUUUAGCUACGCGGUAAGGAUAUCGAGAAGAGUUUCGGUCUUCUUCCGUCCCUCUUGGUGAAUUCGUCCAAUAUGUCGGGGGAUAUCCACUGUUUCGUGGAGUGGAAGGAGCAGUUUGUCUCGCAAGAGCGGGGCAAUAGGGUGGUUCACUAUAUUUUGAAGGACUCCGCUGGGGAGUCUGUCCUUGCUAUUGUGGGGACUGAGAGGAGUGUUAGGCAUAUGUUCUAUGUCGUAGCGGAAGAGUUUGUGGAGUCUUAUGGUGUUCAAAUUGGCAUUCAUUCUGGUUUCAAAUGGCGGUCAAGGAGAGAGGUCGUGGAUUGGCUUACUUCGAUGAUAUCAAAACCGUGUGACUCACCAGACAAUGACUCCACAAGAUCUAUGGGGUCCUUUGAAUUUCCAGUUAAUGAAGCACAAGUACAGGGCUUCGCUGGAAGUAUCCGGAAUGGGGGUAAUUCAGAGAUUGUAUGGUCAGGUACUCCAUGGUCAUGUGUUAAGCAGCUGAAGCAUUUCCAAGCAUUUUGCAGAAAUGGGAUUACAAUAGCUCUCUACUCAUUCGUCUUUGUCAUGGGUAAGGGAGAAACCAACUACCUUGCGUAUUUGGAAGAUAUGUAUGAAGACAAGAGGGGACAGAAAAAAGUCAAGGUUAGGUGGUUUCACCGCAGCGAGGAAGUCAAGGGGGUAACUCCUGUAAGAAACCCUCACCCGAAAGAAGUCUUCAUCACAUCUUAUGCACAGGUAAUCAGUGCUGAGUGUGUGGAUGGUCUUGCUGCCGUCCUGACCAAGGAACAUUUCUUCAAGUGCUUAGCUGCUUUUCCUCAAGCAUUAUCAUCCAAAGUGCACUUGUGCUUCCGACAAUUCAAAAACAACAGAGUGAAGGCCUUUGACUUGAGUAAAUUGCGGGGUUAUUUUAACCAACCAGCUCUCUCUUGUUUGCUCUCGAGCCCCUUUCUAAAGCCUAACUCUGCAAAGAAUGGCUUGAUUGAAGAGGAAGAUGAGGAUCUGAGUCCUAGUGAUGAUGUCAAAGUGGGAGGUAAAAGAGCUAGAAGUGGCAGAGGAUAUCAGAAGUCUCUGACAGCUUAUUCUGGUCUGAGAAACUCUGGAGAAGACCUCGUGACAGCUAAUUGUGGACCUGCUAAGAAGAAGAUAAGGUAUGCUAUUGCAGGGAAUAGAUUGCUUUCACCCAAGCAUGUUGAGUCCAAUCCGUGCUAUGCUCCAUUGUUUAGCGUUGGUGACAAGAUAGAGACACUGUGCCAAGAUAGUGGUAUUCGAGGCUGCUGGUUCCGAUGUACAGUCUUGCAGGUGACUCGUAAACAAUUGAAAGUUCGGUAUGAUGAUUUGCUGGAUGAGGAUGGAAGCGGUAAUCUGGAGGAGUGGAUUCCAGCUAUGAAAUUGGCUAUGCCUGAUAAGCUUGGAAUGAGAUUCUCAAGUCGCCUAACUAUCAGGCCAAUUCCUCCUGCUGUUGAUGAAUCUGAAGUUGUGUUCGAUCUUGGCGUGGCUGUAGAUGCUUGGUGGAGUGAUGGGUGGUGGGAAGGGAUUGUGACAGGUCUCAAGGCAGAUAAUCUGGAGGAUACACUUCAGGUUUACUUUCCUGGCGAGAACUUGUGCAUGAGCUUGCUGAAAAAAGAUUUGCGGAAGUCCAGAGAUUGGGUGGGAGAUCGAUGGAUUGAUGUUCAGGCAAAACCAGACAUAAACUCGGUCAUAACUGUCGAAUCUAAGCUUUCAGCUUCCCCGACUAUUUCGGAGAACAUCAAACCAGAUGACAAUGCUGCUCAGGACACUGAAAUGAAUCCUGGUACCGGGCGAACUUCUGCUGAUGAGAUGAAAAUUGACUCCGCGUUGACCAGUGUUAGCUGCGAUUCAGAAAUUAAGGACAGGACAGAAGGGACACAGAUUCUGCCUGUUGAGGAUGAAGGCAACAGGGAUGGGGGUGAUCAUAAAAUCAGUGAUGGCGGUGGUGAUAAUGUUAAGGAAGGUGAGAAAAAAGAGUCGGGGACUUGUGACACAUUAGGCGACGCCCCAAUUAAUGAUAAGAAUGUCAAGAAGGAAAUUGAACCUUCUGGAGAAAACUGCAAGACUCUAGAAAUCUCGGAGACAGUAGCAUGAGACGCAUGUGGUGGGUCGGUGUUUGUAGUUCGGUUCAUGGCAGCAGGUAAAGAUAGUGAUAGUAGAGGUAGUAAGUAUUGACACUCGAGGGAGGGGUUCUGAUACCAAUCUCCUAUCUAGAAUAAUUUGAGGAUGUGCACUGUAAAUACUAACAUGGGUUUAUCGAGGUUCGUCUCGGUGAAGGUUCCAGUCGUAGGUUUACAAUUAGGGUUGGGAUUCUAUCAUUAGUCUAGCUGAUUGUGUUUGUGCAUUAGAAAUACGAGUGUUCGCAAACGGGGAUAUUGGAGUCCCCUUCAUGUUGAAGGCCCUCGAGAUGUAACAUGUUGCGGGCAAGAACUCGAACAAUUCAGUGCCACGCAUUUGUACCUUUAGUUACAGUGGUAUGUGAUUAGUAUGUAUAUUCUGCUAUUAAACUUUUAGCUUUUGGUAUCGUUAGGUUUGUCA